AUGGUGGACGUUGUUGUGGCCAGUGCAGGUGGAAGCCGGGAUUACCCGGGAAAGAUGACGUUCUACGUCUUCUUUGCCUGUCUAAUCGCUGCUACCGGGGGUCUCAUCUUCGGCUAUGAUGUCGGUAUUUCCGGGGGAGUGACAUCGAUGGACUCGUUUCUAGAGAAGUUCUUUCCAGCGGUGCACAGGAAAGAACUCGAUACGGUGAGCACCAACCAGUAUUGCAAGUUCGAUAGCCAGCUCCUCACCGCCUUCACCUCAUCCCUCUACCUGGCUGCACUCGUUUCCUCCCUCUUCGCGUCCACCAUGACUAGAAAACUGGGGAGGAAGUGGUCCAUGUUCAGCGGUGGUGUCACCUUUGUUGUUGGUGCCACCCUCAAUGGCUCUGCCGUUAACGUUGCGAUGCUUAUCCUCGGCCGUCUCCUUCUCGGCAUCGGUGUUGGAUUUACCAGUCAGUCUGUCCCUCUCUAUCUAUCAGAGAUGGCCCCAGCACGGCUCCGCGGCAUGCUUAACAUCGUUUUCCAACUCAUGAUCACCAUUGGCAUCUUUGUGGCUAACGUUAUCAACUACGGCACCGAGAAGAUUAAGGGUGGGUGGGGAUGGCGCGUGAGCCUGGCACUUGCCGCCGUUCCUGGUGCCAUCAUUGCCAUUGGCGCACUAACGCUGCCUGAUACCCCAAACUCUCUCAUCGAGCGUGGCCAUGACGAGGAGGCCAAGGCCAUGCUUCGCAAGAUUCGCGGGACCACCGACAUCGAAGCAGAGUUUGAGGACCUCGUGGUGGCCAGCAACCAGUCGAAGGCCGUCAAGCAUCCCUUUGCCAACAUAAGGAUGCGCAAGUACAGGCCUCAGUUGACCAUGGCCAUCCUCCUCCCAUUCUUCCAGCAGUUGACCGGCAUCAACGUCGUAAUGUUCUACGCCCCUGUGCUCUUCAAGACCAUUGGAUUUGGCAGCAGCGCCUCCCUUAUGUCAUCACUUAUCACCGGUCUCAUCAAUGUUAUUGCCACCUUCGUCUCCAUCUUCACGGUUGAUAAGCUCGGCAGGCGGAAGCUAUUACUAGAGGGAGGAAUUCAGAUGUUUCUCGGUCAGAUUGUGCUGGGGAUACUGAUUGCGAUAAAGUUCGGGACGAGUGGGGUGGCGGACGUAUCGAAGACUUACGCUAUCUUUGUGGUGGCAUUCAUCUGCGUGUUCGUUACGGGGUUUGCAUGGUCAUGGGGCCCGAUGGGGUGGUUGGUCCCCAGCGAGAUCUUCCCAUUGGAGAUUCGAUCAGCUGGACAGAGCAUAAGCGUGUCGAUGAACAUGUUGUUGACCUUCACCAUUGCCCAAGUCUUCCUUGCCAUGCUUUGCCACAUGAAGUUCGGACUCUUCUUCUUCUUUGCUGCCUGGAUGUUUAUCAUGACCAUGUUCGUUUAUUUCUUUCUUCCUGAAACCAAGAAUGUGCCCAUUGAAGAGAUGAUCCUUGUGUGGAAGAAGCACUGGUUCUGGGGCAAUUUCAUAGUUGAUGAAGAUAUCCAUAAUGGGGAUGUCGAGAACGGAAGGCCUUCAAAUAUCGUCCACGUUGCAUCACAAAAUUAA